CAGCGCCUCCGGCGUCUUGUCAAGGUUCAAAGCUUUGGUUAGGCCUUCGAUUGAUCGUGGACAAGCUAAAGCACUUGCCCCAAUCUCUACUUCGACCGACUACUCUACCAGCACGAUCAUUCUGAGUACUAGCUCUACUUCGGAAGCUCUUCCUCAAAUGUCCGACACCAUACCCAAUGUUCAGGGAGCGGCACCUGUGUCCUCCACGUCCACCCUGACUUCGACGUCUGUCGCAUCCUCAUCAAAUGCAACCCACAGUGGGUCGUCGAGCGGAAGCGGAGUUACGACGGGCGCCCUUGCUGGUGGGAUUGUCGGGGCCGCUCUUGGUGCCGCCGUAUUGACCUUCCUUCUGACCAGCCUAAUCUGGUUGAACAGAACGAAGUCCCUAGAAAAAUCUUACAGGCGAAGUCAUCGAGCAGAAAGAACACUACCAAGAGCCCUGGGCGAGAAAUCCAACUCGCCAGAAGAUCCCAACCAGCCGAGUUGGGAGUUCUUCCUCCCGCAGCCCGCCGAUGACGAGACUGUUCGCAGUGCUGUCAAGGCUCUGUUCGACGAAGCAAUGCUACACGUGGAGAACUUUUACUCUCGCCGAACUGCUCACCUUUCACCAGAAAUGGUUGACCAUCUCGCGCUGAUGCAGACUGCCUCGCCGGAGCUGUCUGGCCCCGCUCUCAUGUCCAAGCCACGGUCGGCCUGGCCAGGGAUAAAGCACUGCCUUGCCUAUAUGCUUGCUGAAGCGGUUGACCCCACAAGCUCUCCGGCAGUCUCGCUGCUUCCGCUGGGGUGGACGUUGGCCGCAGGCAAUGAGGAUGAUCCAAUCUCGAAGUCAAGGGUAGCUGCGAAGCAACAAGCCAUUAGCAAGUGGAGACAGCUUACAGCGUUCCUGCACCCACAGCCCUACAACGAGCGAGCCUUCUCCACGUGGCGCGAUAAAGCCAUCAUUGCGCAUGCUGAGCGCUUCGAGGCUGCAUUCAGGCCGUGGCAAGCUGAUAUGCAGCCUAGUGCCCACGAGGAUGUUCUGCACAUCAUGCGAAGUGCAGCUGACGUCGCUGUCCUUCUGUUCUCGCAGCCAUCCGGCUAUGUCUUCCGAUGGCAAGCCGUCUCUGGUCAGUCAGGCUCGAACGCGAAUAUCGUCGUAAUCCCAGACUUCAUCAAAGUCACAGACGAGUCCGGAAUGUCACUCUCUGUUCCCCAAACCAUGGUAAAGAUGGUAGCAGAGCGGAUCUGACACGUUGACAUAACCUGGGUGAGUCCGGAAACGGACUAGCAGACGGUAGCAGUUCUACAAACCAAAUUCACCUCUCGUAGCUUACGGUCUG